UAUUCAAGGAAGUUACCUUAUUAAAAAUAAUAAUAAAACAAUCUUUGUGAACUAUACCUACCUAUCUAAGCUCGAUUUGGAUAUUGUGCCAUGGUAGUAGGGGCAUAGUGAGAGGAUACAAGGCUGAAACACUUGCAGCUCUUUCACCAGUCGGUUGCAGCAAUCGGUGAUUAACGUACAGUUUACCUGAACACCUGGGGGACAUCUUCAUAGUGCAACCCGGAACUUUCUCGUAUUAAAUCGCGCGCAUUCUCUAGUUCCACUGGAGAACUAUAUUAACAGAAUAAUGGAGAAAGAGCAACCGGAGUCGAUUGCAACUAUUCCGAUGAAGGCUGAUUACGCACCCUCCGAAGUGUACUCUUCGGAACCGCCACCGGCAUACCACAGGCCGAAAUCAUCGGCAGUACAAGUAGCCAGAAUCGUUGCAGUGACGAUAGUGCUAGUCUCCAUCAUCCUCGGCGGAUUUCUGUUGGCGUCCGCCUACGUAUCGGCGAAUGCCUCCUGCAAGCACCUCGAGCAGGAACUUCAGCUACUUACAGAGAGCGCUGACCGACUCCAACCGUUGCAACCAGAAGCACUCGUUCAGGAGGAACCGUCCCAUAAACAAAUGCCACGCGCCGAAGAACGCAACAAAAAGGUGAAGGAGAUUGAGGACAAUCAUGUACCAGAAGUAUCCGAAAAUGCUGACAACUCCCCAGACAGUAACGAAUCAGAAGAGGAGGAAGAAAAGGUGACGCCUAUCCACAUCAAGUUGCCCCUGCAUUUAGAUUUGGACGACAUCGCUUCAUCGAUCAUUGAUAAGAAUCAGCGUUCGAAAAUGAACUGCAUCAUCGAUAAGAAGCGCGCCGAAGAAGUUGUGGAUCACAAACCGAAGUCGAUACAAUUACCAUUUGGACUUAAUGUUACUACGGAUCCACGUUUCGAGCACGUCACCGGUGAGCGCAUGGUCAUCAUUUGCGAGAGCGGCAGUUUACAAAGGCAUACCCCACCACAACAACAGCCAGAUGAGCAAGAAGAAACUAUCAUGGUUCAACCGGUCGUAAUCCCAUACGGACCCCCAACUCCUUUUGAGACUCACAUGCCCCAACAAAUGCCACCGCAAAUGCGCCCGCAGAUGCCACCCCAAAUGCGUCCGCAGAUGCCACCCCAAAUGCGUCCACAAAUGCCACAUCCAAUGGAAACACUCCGCCCACCAAUGGUCGACGCAAUGAUGUCACAAGAGCAACCACCUCAACCAGAGCCCCAAGCACAAAUCUUCCCAGUUCCUAACCCAUUCAUCCAGCACAUCGCCCAACAGUUAAUUAACCAAAGAAUACGCAUGGAAAUGCAAAGAGCGCACGAGGAAGCCCAACGCGCAUCGCAAGAGGAAGCCCAAAGAGAAAACCAUCGUGGCAACGAAGUACAAAUGCGCCCCGAAAUGCCCCAAGUAGUGAUGGCUCAGAAAAUUCCCAUCCCCGACGAAGUCCUCCGACAGAUCAACCGAUUACCCAACCACGACGUGAUCGUGUCGGUCUCGGAAGAAGCCGAGGAGAACCAGCCCGAAGUACGUUUCAUUCAGCAACAACCGCGACAAAGCCCGCACGAGAUGAACGGUAGACAGACGUACGCCAGAGGAAUACCGGUUCACAUCCCAGUGCCGAUGAUGCAACCCCAGGAGCAGCCGGAUCAUGAGUCGCAGCAGGAUACCGCCGCCGCCGCAACGAGCGAAGAAUUGAGGCCACAUUUCGUCCAGCCCAGGUCCGUCCGUUCAGUCGACGCGCUCCUUGCCAAGGAGCAGAAGCGAGUGAAACGAUGCAACUGCGACUGCGCUUGCUAAGCGAUAGUCUCUUCAAGCACCGCUCUUCCAUUUCCGUUUCCUUACUUUAAAGGUGCGAGACUUCCUGUUUUCUCUUCCCUAUCUUUCUCUGUCUUUUUUCUAACCUUACCGUUAUUGAGUAGAUACGUAAUAAUUGUAAAUAGAAUAGUUGCGAUCAAAAUGCAGUUAUAUAUAAAUUUGUUGGGCCUAUGUGAUAAUGAAGUAGUGAUUACUAUUUUGUAAAAAUUAUUUUAAUAAAAACCUAUUCCUAGUU